UGACACUAACCCUCCAUUCUGACUGUCCCUCCUAAGAGAGAUGACACCAGCCAGAGCAGAAUACUGGCCCCUGCUGCUCCUGCUGCUGGGGCUGUGGGUAGCCAAGGUCCCAGUCAGUGCCAAACCAAAGGACAAGACUCCAGCUCAGUGGUUUGAAAUUCAGCACGUGCAGCCUCACCCUCAAGGAUGCAAACCUGCGAUAGGCAGUAUCAACAAGGACAAAAAACUUUGCAAAGAACACAACACCUUCUUGCAUGAUUCCUUCUCCAAUGUGGCCACCACCUGCAAGACUCCCAUCAUAGCCUGCAAGAACGGCCUUAAAAACUGCUACCAGAGCCAAGGGCCUGUGUCCCUGACCCUCUGUGAGCACACUGCUGUGAAGUACCCCAACUGCAAGUACAAAGAGCAAAGCAUGAACGCACCCUACAUUGUGGCCUGUGACCCUCCCCAGAAGGACUCUGGGCAAUUCCAGCUGGUUCCUGUGCACUUGGACAAAGUCCUUUAG